AUGGCCUCGCGACGGCCUACUCUUCGCCUGUUUGCUCAGUGCAAGACGAAGCCCCAAUUCAACCAUACCUGGACCCCUCGCCGAGCUGCAUCAAGCUUCCAGAGCUCCGGAUCGGCACGUCAAGCUGUCUCGAACUCGCGAAACUACCUCACUUUGGCUGCUGCUGGUCUGGCUGUAGCCACUACUCUUAGUUACAAGAUGGCCGUCGAAGACCCCAUCCGAUGCGAUUCCCCCACCCUUGCCGAGCGCGACCAGCAGAUUAAGCGCGAGAAAGGCGUAAAUGAUGCCUCGCCAAUGCGCCUGCGUAUGGAGAAGUUCGUCAAGGAGCAACAGAAGGAAAUUGUCAGAGCGCUAGAGGAGGCCGACGGCACACCAUUCCGGGUGGACGAGUGGCAGCGCAAGGAGGGUGGCGGCGGCAUCACCUGCGUCCUCCAGGAAGGCAAGGUAUUUGAGAAGGCCGGUGUUGGUGUGAGCGUCGUUUACGGCACUCUUCCCAAGCCCGCCAUCAUCAAGAUGCGUGCCAACCACAAAAACCUGGCUCAGGAGGAUGACAUUCCUGACAGCCUCGAGUUCUUCGCCGCCGGCCUCAGUCUGAUCGUCCACCCCAAGAACCCCAUGGCCCCGACGGUCCACCUCAACUACCGAUACUUCGAGACGGCCAACCCCGACGGCUCCUCGGGAGCGUGGUGGUUCGGUGGCGGAAGUGACCUGACGCCCAGCUACCUCUUUGAUGAGGACGCCAUCCAGUUCCACAAGUCGCUGAAGGAAGUGUGCGAUGCCCACGACAAGGAAUACUACCCCCGCUUCAAGAAGUGGUGCGACGAGUACUUCUACAACAAGCACCGCGGCGAGUGCCGCGGUAUCGGUGGCAUCUUCUUCGACGACUUGGAUGAGACCGUCUCCGACAAGGAGAACACCUUCGCUUUCGUCCAGGACGCACUCAAGUCGUUUGCGCCCACCUACAUUUCCAUCAUCAACAAGCGCAAGGAUAUGCCGUACACGGAGGAGGAGAAGCGGUGGCAGCAGAUUCGCAGGGGCAAGUAUGUCGAGUUCAACCUGGUGCACGACCGCGGUACCGCGUUUGGCUUGAAUACCCCUGGUGCGCGCGUGGAGAGUAUCCUCAUGAGCUUGCCGUUGACGGCUAGGUGGGAGUACAUGUAUGAACCGGCGCCAAAGAGCAGGGAGGCAAGGCUGGUUGAGGUGCUGAAGAACCCCAAGGACUGGGUAUGA